AUGGCUCAUAACAGCAACAGUUCUUGUUGCAUUGUUGCAUGCAGUAUACUAGCAUUGUUAUGCACUUUUCUAUUCUUGGCGGAAGCAUCUCCUUCGUGGGACGACGGUGGCGACAGCAGCAGCAAAAAGUACAACAACAAGAAAAAGCACGAGUAUAGCCACCGAAAGGACAAAGACAACAAUGACUAUCGCAGACACUACAACUAUACCAAUAUAGACAUCAAAUACAUUUAUUACACCGAACCUGCUCAAACUCCAACCGCUAUUUCUACCGAAAACUUUCCUGUCGUUACCGAUAUUGAGACCAUUACCAGUGAUCAGACUUUUACAGAAACUGUAACCGUUGGUCAAGCUACAGAUUUUACUAUAGUAGACGACGGAAUUGACGAAAUGGGUGACGAAAUUGACGCAAUCGAUGACGAAAUUGACGAAAUUGACGGAACUUCUACAAGUCGAGCUGGUCUCGCUACAGAUCAUUGUAAUUGGACCGGAGCGGAUAACGUGACCCAGACGGUUCGUGAUAUUGUUUUGGCAUUACAGCUAUCAAUACUGCUAGGUUUUGAUAAAGAGUAUGUCCGGCACUUUAACGCGGUUAUCUUUGGGAACUACGAUACCUCGAGUGCACAAGAGAUCUAUGGUCCUUUGGGUAUCCAAGGCAACUAUGGCGGCAACGACUACACAGUCAAUGUCCGCCACGCCUCGACCUGCGCCAGCCUGAGCACCAGCAGUGGCUUGAUUGACUACAGUUAUGGUUUGGUGGUUGGCGGCGUCAUUAAUGUCGUCAAUACCAAAGUGCACGGUGCAUCGUUUUUGGAAGAAGGUGGGACGACGGACCAAGUGACUCAAUUAGAUAAUGGGUGUCCCAAAAUGACGGGAACCACAGGUGGCGUCGACUUUGAUGCAUUGCGCACGGCCUAUCGACUAGCAAGUCGAGAACUGGCUAGUUUCCCUCCGAAUGUGGUUUUAGAUGCAAAUGACGGGUUGACGGUGGAUACAGUGUCUGAAUCAGCUGGCACGGCGAAUUAUAAUGUCAUGACGUUUGCCAGUUGUACCAUCCUUAGCAUGGAUAAUACUUGUAACCUUUAUCCAGGUUCUAUGUCGUCUCCUGACCAUAUGCUUUAUGGCAUAGGUAACUGGAAUGGUCCUGCAAGUAGCGAGCAGUUUCCAACGGAUAAAACUUUUGUUAUUAAUGUUCCUGUCAAUGACGGAGACACGAUCACGCUCAGAACCAAUAAUCCAACCCAGGGUGGUCUGUUAGCUUGCAACACUAUUUGGAAUUUCUAUCCUGUUGACGCGAACGGAAACUAUGAUCCCAAUGGAUCAUUCACACUUCGUCGAGAAACCGGGGGUGAAUUACACGGCUUAAUCCUUGCUCCUCUCGGUCACAUCAAAGACAGCUCUACUGGAUCGUUCGUUGGACAAUUGAUCGGGUUGGAUUAUGGAUGGGAAGGUGGCAACGGUGUCGCUGUCAAGGACUAUGCGGCGACCGGCUGUGGUGACCAUUUUACUGGCUGCAUACCAAUUAUUCCGAAUAACGCUGAUACAUCAGAGUGCACCACAACCACUACCAUUGACGUUAUAUCCACCAUUCACGAUACGGCAACAAUGACCGAAACGAGCACUGAAACUGACUUUGCUACAGUAUACACGGUGUCCUUCAGUGUAGUUACAGAAACAGAUAUAGUCCCCGUAACAGACACUACUACGUCGACGGAUACGACCACAGAAUUGACCACUACCACAGAAACACAAGGAUCCAUUGGCACGAUAACAGAAUUUGCUGGCACCCUAACAACAACAGAGUUAUCAACGAUCACUGAAGAGACGACUGAAACCGACAUUAGUACGACGACACAAGAAACGACCGAGACCACGACAGACGUGAAGACAACCACAGAUCAUGACACGCUUAUUUCCGUGGAUUUGAGAACUACGACGGACAUGGAGACAAUCACAGAUCGUGACACGACAACGACCACAGAUCAUGUCACGCUUAUUUCAGUGGAUUCGAAAACAACGACAGCUACAACCACUGUUUAUACGGACGACGAUGUCCUAAGAGCUACAGCUCCGGUGACUGAAGCACUCGUACGAGAUUAUGGUAUUAUUGAUAUUGUUGUGACGCAACAAUAUACAACAACCGAGUACUUGCCAGGAAUGACUACUACGGAGCAUGAUCAAGAAACCGUCUAUGUAACUGUUGGAGUGCCUGUACCCGAUGGCGGCCGGUGGUUUGAAGAUGAUGACGAUGAUUAUCAUGGCGGUGGUGAUAACGGAUAUUAUCAUCAUCGUGGUCACCCUUAUCGUGGCGGCACCAGCAAGAAUGGGUGGAAUAGGAAAAAAAAGCAGCAUAUUGGUGCAAAGAAGAACAAAGAAUAUGAAGGAAAAAAGAAAGAAUGGUACCACAAACAAAAGUAUAAUCCGGGCUACAACGACUAUUAUAAAUAA